AUGCCACGCUUCGACGGCCCCACGUGGGUGGCCCCACGCUUCGACGACGCCACGUGGGUGGCCCCACGCUUCGACGACGCCACGUGGGUGGCCGCACGCUUCGACGACGCCACGUGGGUGGCCGCACGCUUCGACGACGCCACGUCGGUGGCCGCACGCUUCGAUGACGCCACGUCGGUGGCCGCACGCUUCGACGACGCCACGUCGGUGGCCGCACGCUUCGACGACGCCACGUCGGUGGCCGCACGCUUCGACGACGCCACGUCGGUGGCCGCACGCUUCGACGACGCCACGUCGGUGGCCGCACGCUUCGACGACGCCACGUCGGUGGCUGCACGCUUCGACAACGCCACGUCGGUGGCCGCACGCUUCGACGACGCCACGUCGGUGGCCGCACGCUUCGACUCCUCCUCCACGCUUCGACUCCUCCUCCACGCUUCGACUCCUCCUCCACGCUUCGACUACUCCUCCACGCUUCGACUCCUCCUCCACGCUUCGACUCCUCCUCCACGCUUCGACUCCUCCUCCACGCCGCACGCCUCGACGACGCCGGCGCACGCCUCGACGACGCCGCACACCUCGACAACGCCGCACGUCGGCGGCCGCACGCUUCAUCGCAGCUCGUUGGCGGCCGCACGCUUCAUCGCAGCACGUCGCCGGCCGCACGCUUCACCGCCGAGAAGCUUCAGCAGCUCCACUGAGAACAGCUGUGUUCAGAGAAACAAAGGCUGUCUGAUCCUGGAGCAGCAGGUCCAGAAGCUGCCUGAGGACCUGACCUCCUCUCCGGACUACAACACUGCUGUGGAGCCCCAGGUUCAUGAGCUCCAGAACGAGGUCAACAGGCUGCACAAGAAGAAGAGAGUGGUGUUUCUAUAA